UCAGUCGCAGUCCCUGCCAGCCCGGUCUCGAAGCCAGCAGUGUUGACGCCAUGCUGCGGCUCUCGCUAGCUCUCGCCGUGCUGCUGGCGGUCUCCGCCGCCGGCGACAAGUACCCAAUCAGCCGCUUUGGCUGCGGCUGCAACCGCAACAUCAUCGCCGCCGACCUCACCGUCCAGGAGAUCUCGCAGCUGCGCGUCUACAUCCAGCAGCUGGGCAUCAAGAACCACCCGGUCCUCACUGACGACGUAAUCAAUGCAAUCUUCCGGUUCAACCUGAACAACAACUACCAGGGCCAGGUGCCAUCCAAGCGUUCCACUCUGCUGCAGAUCUUCUCCGAGUCUUUCAGCUCGCUGACCGACGCGGUCCUCCCCAGCGUCUCGCAAUGCGGCAAGUUCGGCGAUUACCUCUACAAGGCGACGCCGCUGGUCAUCUCUGGGGACCGCAAGUUUGAUAUGUGCUCACUGGUGGCCUCCUACGCGGUAAUCCUGCAUCAGCGCGAAGUCACCGUCAACUUUGACCAGCUGAACGUGAUACUGAAGCUCGGACUGCAGAAGUACCUCAAGUCCACGGCCUACCAGUCGAGCUACAGCAUGUUGACACAGCUGCUGACCAGCCUGGACUUCAUCGAUCACGACCUGCCCACGAUCCUCGACUACGAAGAGCUCAUUGCUGUACGUCGCGCAUUGCUGCUGCGCUACAACAUCAAGAGGGCCCGGUUCGACAACAGGUUUAGACUAGCUAUCGAGGAGUUCAAGCUAAACCGUCAUCGCCUCCUGAGCACUUUCAACACCAUUGCCUUCCGUGGUCCGUACUACGAGAUCGUCGUGCAGGAGGUCAUCAGGGAGAUCAUCAAGAUCUUCCCGGGACUCUCAGCUUCGUCCGUGCGCAUCAUCCUCGACGUGCUGCAGCUUACCAACGCUCCUGGCGGCAAGGCUAGUCCCAGGGACCUUCUGGCACUGAUCACCGUGCCCAGACUGGACGCUGAGCUGUACGUCAUCCAGGAGUACUACAUCCAGAAGUACGUCGCCUCCUUGGUCACCUACUAUCCCUCCAUCUCAGUAGAGAUUAUCAAGGAGGCUUACCCCACCUUCCUCAUCAGUCUGAUUUCGCAGGGCAUCCAGCCGGUGAACACGAUCGUUACUUACAAUACCUUCCACUACUACCUGCAGGCCUACUUCCAGUCCACCAGCUCCUACUCUGUCGAGUCUAUGACGACCUUUUUCCUCCGCACGGUGGUGACGUCGAUCCCUCGUGGCUCACCACACUUCCGUAUAAACAUUUUCCAGUCUACUGUUGUCAUCGACAACAUCCUGGUGCCGCAGCCCUGGACCAGCAUCUACAGGAAGGGCAAAGCUAGCAUCAUCAAACGCAUCGUCGGGCCACAGGGCAACAGCAGGAACAUUAUCAUUCGUCUGAAGACCGGACGCGGUGAGAAGCCCGUCAUCCAGAACGACCUCAAGUUCAAGAACAUUGUUCCCGCUGACGUUCCGGGCUAUGACCAGUUCGAGUACCAGAACGUUAUCCUGUCAGCUAUCCAGCUGAGCCAGGUUGCCAGCGCGCUGAUCCAGCGCUUCAACCUGCUGAAGCAGCCCUCGCUGCAGCUGUCGACGCUGCGCAUUAUGAUUCGCGCUGGACUGAUCAAGGGAACUGGAGUCCAGGCUGCGAACGCCUUCAGUACACUGUUCCAGGGUCUGCCCGCCUACUCUCUCCCGACCGACUUGACGUUCGUCUUCUCGCAGCUGACCGAAUUAAACCUGCAACUGACGGAGACUCAGAUACGUGGUGCGCUCCAGCAGUUCUACGUGGUGACCCGCUCCCUGGGCUAUGUCAUCCCGCAGGAGACGAUCCACAGUGUGUUCGUGUACUCCGUUCGCGAGUACCUCUCGACCCUGACGUCGAUCCCGACUCAGCCGUUCGGAGAUGGGUUCCUUGAGUUCCUGUACCUGCGUCUUGAAGUUAUCAUCAAGAAGGUAGUGGUGAUCGAGCAGCAGGUGCCUAUUGACGACUACGUCACCCAGCAGAUCUUGUCUGUUUUCGCUAACGUUCGCAUCAGCGUGGAGGCCAGACGCACGAUCAUCCGGUUCAUCCACAACUCCAAGCUCCUCCCGAAGCCCCAGAAGGGAGUAUCGGUGGUGAGCCAAUAUCAGGCUCUGCUGACCUCACUAACGAAGCGUUAUCCGCUUGAUAUUUUCGUCCUGAAUAAGAACAUUCUGGUGCAGAUAAGGAGUCAGCUCAUCAGUGCUGGUAUCCAGAUUCAGCUCAAGGUUUUGCGCGAUAUCAACAUCAUCGCAUACAUCUCUCUCGGUCUUAUGGAUCGUCUGAAGGGGCAGAACACGGUGGGUUAUGUUCGCCAGAUUGUCUACAGCUCGAUACGCUACUUCCUGCGAACCAACAAGGUCACUAGCAUCCUGAGCCUGGAGUUCGUUCAGUUCCUGUUGCACAAGUACAAGGUGCCGUCACCCCCGCAGAUCUGGUGGCAGCCACCCGUCGAGCAGCACAAGGUCAACAUCCAGCGUGACAUCUACAUCCUUCCCGACAUCUAUCUGCCAGUGAGGAGUGUCCACCAACUGGUUGUGAUCCUCCAGAAACGCUUCGUCUUCGUGUCGAUCGACAACGUUCAGACCAUUAUCGUGCACACCAUCCUGAUCCUCCGUGCCAACGGCGUGACCAUCACCAGCGACAACUGUUACGAUUAUCUGUACAGGUACUACAGCGGACUGCCAGCGAACAUCGGCGUGGAGUCAUUCGACAUCAGCAGUGUUCUGGAUAGCAUCAAACGCUAUGCGGCGCAGACCACUGUGACCGAGGUGCACGUGCAGUCGGCCCUCGUAGAGCUGUGCAUCCACCUGUACUCGAUGGAGCUGCCUCUGCCCAGCGUGCAGUACCGCAACAAGUUCCUCGGCUAUGUCAUCGACGCUUACGGCAAGAAGUAUCGCCGGCACGGACUGCCUCUUGGCGCGCGCUUCUACAAGUUUUUGAAGAAAUUCCUGCCGAAGGCCCGCCACACAAAGCCCAAGUACAUCUCGUGCAAGUACGACUACUUCAAGUGCUAGAUAUCAAUGCAGAGCAAUUGGGCUUUGAUCACUCGUGGAUACCACCUAAAUGACUAUGGUCCAUGCCAGAACAGCUGCACACAGUGCGGCGUUCUGACAUUGGAUUGGCAUCAGAGCUGAUAUGACACAUGAUAAACGCAUUGUUUGGAGGGUAUUGUUAAAUGGGUGGGCAUUUUUCAGGGUUUACCUACACGUGUGACAUGAAAUUAUUGUUUUUGUGUCUAUUCUGAUCCAUGUCAUGAAAUUGGGUAGUGCAUGUGUUGGUGUAACUGUGAUAUCAAAUAAUAAUAAGACGAUGAUGGCGAAA